CUCAGGUCAUGAUACGGGAGACCUAACACUCCUCCUGCACAAAUCCAUGUCCUGCUUAUUUCGUCCCCAACUCGUGUGGCGGCGGCUAUUCGUCCAGACGCUGGCGGGCCAGGGUGGAGAAGUGAUGCCACCAAGAAGAAAUGAGAAAUACAAACUUCCUAUUCCACUUCCAGAAGGCAAGGUUCUGGACGAUAUGGAAGGCAAUCAGUGGGUACUGGGCCAGAAGAUUGGCUCUGGAGGAUUUGGAUUGAUAUAUUUAGCUUUCCCCACAAUUAAACCAGACAAAGAUGCAAGACAUGUAGUAAAAGUGGAAUAUCAAGAAAAUGGCCCGUUAUUUUCAGAACUUAAAUUUUAUCAGAGAGUUGCAAAAAAAGACUGUAUCAAAAAGUGGAUAGAACGCAAACAACUUGAUUAUUUAGGAAUUCCUCUGUAUUAUGGAUCUGGUCUGACUGAAUUCAAAGGAAGAAGUUACAGAUUUAUGGUAAUGGAAAGACUAGGAAUAGAUUUACAGAAGAUCUCAGACCAGAAUGGUACCUUUAAAAAGUCAACUGUCCUGCAAUUAGGUAUCCGAAUGUUGGAUGUACUGGAAUAUAUACAUGAAAAUGAGUAUGUUCAUGGUGAUAUAAAAGCAGCAAAUCUACUUUUGGGUUACAAAAAUCCAGAUCAGGUUUAUCUUGCAGAUUAUGGACUUUCCUACAGAUAUUGUCCCAAUGGGAGCCACAAACAGUAUCAGGAAAAUCCUAGAAAAGGCCAUAAUGGGACAAUAGAGUUUACCAGCUUGGAUGCCCACAGGGGAGUAGCCCUGUCCAGACGAAGUGACGUUGAGAUCCUUGGCUACUGCAUGCUGCGGUGGUUGUAUGGGAAACUUCCCUGGGAUCAGAACCUGAAGGACCCUGUGGCUGUGCAGACUGCUAAAACAAAUCUAUUGGAUGAGCUCCCUGAGUCAGUGCUUAAAUGGGCUCCUUCUGGAAGAAGUUGCUGUGAAAUAGCCCAAUUUCUGGUAUGUGCUCAUAGUUUAGCAUAUGAUGAAAAGCCAGACUAUCAAGUGCUCAAGAAAAUUUUGAACCCUGAUGGAAUACCUUUGGGACCACUGGAAUUUUCCACAAAAGGACAAAGUAUAAAUGUGCAUAUUCCAAAUAGUCAAAAAGUUGAUUCACAAAAGGCUGCAACAAAGCAAGUCAAUCAGGCACAAAAUAGGUUAAAAGGAAAAAAAGUCCACAGUGAGAGAAGCGCUGAGUCCUGUGCAUCAUGGAAAAAAGUGCAAGAGGAGGAGAAGCUAAUGGGAUUGAUGAACAAUGAAGCAGCUCAGGAUUCCUUUCUGACACUUACAAAACUCUAUCUAGCAAGGGGAGAGCUGUUUGAAGGGUGGCAAUUUAGAGGUUGAGAGGGUAGCAGCUAUUCUCAGAAUGAUGGCAUUGUGUCAGAUCUUUCUAUUAUAGAUGAAACUAACAAUGAGCAAGCUUAAAGUAUUUUGCUUUGUUUUAUAAAUUUCUCCUCUUCUAAGUUACUUGAUUAAUGGUGCUAAGAGAGGGCAUGCCAUAGGUCACCAAAGUGAAGCAGAAAAAUUCAACUUUCAGCCAGUUAAGUGGUGAUCUUAACUGAUUCCUGGGAUUUUGGCCAACAGGAAUGAUGAAGACAUAGAAAUAGCUCCCGAAACAUGCAUAUAAGUAAUCAGUUAAUUUGUUUUAUAUUAAUAUAUAUUCAGUCUAUAGUGAUUAGUCUUUAUAACUUUCCUAGAAAUGUAACACUGCAUCUACCCCUGAGGCAGUUUUCUUUGGCUGUGUACAGCCUCACCCUUUACCCACUAAACAGGAGAUAUCACUUCUCAGUUGCCAUGGAAUCAAAAGGUUAAGAAUCACAUUAAUUACCAAAAUAUUUCUAAUUAUGGCUAUCUUUCCCCCAUAAGAUUAAGCCCAGUUUUUUUGGUUUUGCCAAGAAAAUUCAAACUAUUUAAGAUAUUGCCUACUUAUGUGGUUUAAAAGAGCCACUCAAAUGUGGAUGUUUAUAAACUCUUAAAAAGUUUAAAUCUUAAAAUCUAAGAUCUUUACCCAAAAAUUACUUUUGGAAAAAAAUAACAUACAAAAACUUGAUCUUGUAUAUUUUAUUUAGCAUUCUUAUCCAUUACACAAAAUAAAUAGUUGGAUAACUCACAUCUAACAAACUAUAUAUGUAUUUUUUCCAUAGGAAAGCACAAGGAGAAGACAAAAAUAUCAAGAGUCUCAAGAACUUUUGAAUGAAGUAAACAGUUUCCCGCAAAAAUUGAGCUACAGACAAUUCCCAAACUCAUUUUAUGAACCUCAUCAAGAUUUUACCAGUCCAGAUAUAUUCAAGAAGUCAAGAUCUCCAUCUUGGUAUUAUAAAUACACUACCACAGUCAGGCCGGGUAUCACAGACUUAGAAAGUCCAACAGGACUUUGGUCUACAAUUUCCCAGUUUACUCUUAGUGAAGAGAUAAAGGCAGAUGUUUAUUAUUAUAGCAUCAUCAUACCAGUCCUUUUGACGUUAGUAUGUCUUGCUUUAUAUUUUCUCUGAAGAUAUCGAAAGUCCUUUUGAUAAUUUUUUAAGUUUCCAGCUCUUCACAAAAUGUUAUCUCCUUAUUUCAGUGUUUCUUCCCAGACAUUUUUAAGGUAAUUGGCUUUAAAAAGAGACCAUAUUUUAACAAAGCUUGUGGACAUUCUAAAAAAUAAAAUUGCUUUAUACUAGAAAUAGUUUCACAGUACAGUUUGGAAAACACUUUUCUGAACUUUGAGAUCACCUGGCAAAUCUAGAAAAGGAGUUUAAUGUUUUUGAGCAGAGAAUUUGAAAAAUAAAAAUGCAGAAAAGAAUG